CUCGGCGCCUUCGGCGAGCACCUACCACUGGCCGCGCCGCGGAGGGGAGAGGCCGCGACCCUUCCCCGGCCGGCGGGCGACGCGCCACCCCUCGGGGCGCCUCGGCCUGGCGCUAAAUUUAAAAAUUUAACCGGCGCAGCUGGCUGGCUCCGGAAACGAAAGUAAUUUCGUCCCGCGGGCCGCCUCCCGGGCUCUGGCGGCGCCUCGGCGCGCCGCGCUCCCCCGAAUAGACCCUUCUCCCGCCAUUUUCCGCCGGCUCGUGGCAGGCCCCGCGCCCCGCGGGUGAGGCCUGCUGCCGCCGGGCCUGCAGGCGUCGGGCUCGCGCCCCCGGAGAAGGCGGCCGGCAUGGACUGCGGGAACGGGGCUCGCGCCCGGCAACACGUGUUCCUGCUUCCAGAAUAUUUAAAAGAUGCUUCAAAGAAGAUGAAAAGUGGACUUAUCUUUGUAAAAUUGGUGAACCCGUGUUCAGGGGAAGGAACCAUUUACUUGUUCAAUAUGUGUCAACAGCAGCUGUUUGAAAUAAAAGUUUUCAAGGAAAAACACCAUUCUUGGUUUAUAAAUCAAUCAGUCCAGUCAGGAGGUCUUCUCCACUUUGCCACACCCAUGGACCCUCUAUUUCUGCUUCUCCACUACCUCAGAAAGACUGGUAAAGAGGGAAAAUUCCAGCCCCUAAAUCAAGUUGUGGUGGAUGACAUGUUUCCAAAUUGCAUCUUGUUGCUGAAACUUCCUGAUCUUGAGAAGUUACUUCGACAUGUGACAGAGGAGAAAGAAAUAGACAAAAAGAAAUAUUACAAGUACAGCAAAGAGAAGACAAUAAAGUGGCUGGAAAAAAAGGUUCAUCAGACUGUGUCAGCCUUAAAAACCAAUAACAUAAAUGUCAGUGCCCGGGUACAGGCAAAUGCAUUUUUCUCUGGGGACCAGGUUUCCAGUGACAAGGAAGAGGAUUAUAUUCGUUAUGCUCAUGGCCUGAUAUCUGAUUACAUCCCUAAAGAAUUAAGUGAUGACUUAGCGAAAUAUUUAAAGCUUCCAGAAACUUCAGCAUCGUUGCCAAACCCUCCAUCAAAGAGAGCAGAGAAGCCAGUGGUAAACUGCACCUGAUGGCAAACUGCAGCGUCCCUCAGUCCAGGCCUGAUCUCAGACAAGUGAGCGCUGCUCAGAGACAGGGAAAUAAAUAAACACGCACCAGCUCGUCCAUGAGGCCAUUCUCUUGCCAACAGAAUAAUGAAUGCCUCGAGACUGGAAAGUGCAUGUUGAAGAACUUUCCUCUCUCCCGGCCUUCAAGGUGGCCAACAUGCUUGGAUUUUUUUUUUUUUUUUUUUUUUUUUUUUUUGGUCUCAUGUCCUGUUUGGAGGUUGUGGCGGCUCUGAAAGCACUCAUUACUUUGACUUAUGAGAAGGACAGAAAAUUUCAAGUGCGUCAGCCUUAGCGGUGGCCAUUUUCAGCAGGCUGUCAAAGGAGCGCCAUCCUUUCCCUUUGGGAGGAAUAGCGCUGGGCAGAGGUCAGCUGCUGUAGGGCCUAAGGUCCUUCUAGGUAAGACCCACGUUUCUUCCAGUCUGGUAGUUCAUCUCUGACAGUAGCUCUGGAGGACAGAGGCAUGCUUGCCUUGCUGGAACUAAGAAGAUGGGCAUAUUUGUUCCUCUCUUACUUCUCUCCUUCCAGAAACAAAGCAUCUUUCUUUUUCCCAAAUAUCUGUCUUCCUUAGUAACUUAGAGAUCAUUCGUGAAGGAUCAAAGCCUGUUCUUGAAGGUUUGGCCUUUGACACCAUCCAGGGUAAUGCAUUUCCUACAUUUACUCUUAACCCGGUUUUCUGUUUGCCUAUUUUAAUUUCCAAACUUUAAAUCGUUUGUGAUGUCAUAGUGUAUGAUUCAGAUCAGGGGUCGGCAGACUUAUCCUAUAAAGGCCACAUAGUGACAGUUGGAGGCCUCACAAGGCAGAUGGUCUGUAUCACAGCUCCUCAGCUCCACUGUGGGAGCGCAGAGACUGCCGCAGACAAUUUCUGAACGGAUGCAGGCGGUGGCGUUCUAGCCAAACUUCAUUUAUAAAAACAGGCGGCUGGCGGGGCUGGGCUGGCGGUUUGCCAAGCCCUGAUCUAGAUCUCACAGUCCUGCUUCUCCUAAACCUCAGCCUCAUCUCCUGGGCUGCUUAGUUGCUAUUCAAGGUCUCCCAGUCUGUGAUGUCUGGCUGGGGCUCUAGUGUCUGGAGUGCAAACUGGACAGGUGAUGUACCACGCUUUAAACAAGCUUAGGAUAACAUCUUCUGCCAGCCUUCUUGUCUGUGUCUGGGAUUUGAUCGAUUUUUACAGUCAUACAGUUGAUGGUUUUCAGCAAAUCCAUUCCAGUGGCUAUUAGGUGUCUUUAUAUCUGUGUGUAAGAUAGCAUAAAGCUUGGCAUCCUUAAUAUGUUUUGCAUUACUUUCUUACUAUCCCAUGUUUGCCUGUGUCGACGCUCAGCCUCCAGCCCCCGCGCUCUUCCCUUGUUUGCAUUUAUCGCUGGCAGAGCUGAGUGCAGUCAGUGGACUGGAGAUACUCUGGAGUUCCUUCCUGCAGAUCAUUUGUAAGAAUAAGACCCAUCCUGGCAUUCAUUCCUGUGGUGCUCUGCUCUUGGCUCUUCUCUUGCCAGAACUGUGUCCAUUCAAAGUCGCAGCCUUUGUUACUGUCUUUCUGAGCCAUUUUCUGUUUCUUCUGAAAUAAUCCCCCCAGACCUGUAGUGAUUUGGUCUUUUUUUUUUUUUCCCCUUUGGAAGUAGGCUCCAUGCCCAGCAUGAAACCCAACACAGAGCCCAACGCGGGCUUUAAGCACACAACCCUGGGACAGAAACCUGAGCUGACAUCAAGAGUCGGACUCUACAUGCCCCUAUUUGGUCUUUUAAAUAAGAACAGUUCAAAUAAGUGUAACAAUUGUGAUUCUUUCAAACAUAUUCAGCAUGUGCUGUAACAUUAGAAAAAGUUCAGUGCAGAGGCUGACCACAGUCAUCUUUUUUGUGAGCACUGAUUACCGGUAUCCUGUUUGAUACUAUUAAAACACCUGAACAAGUCAUCAUCUCUGUAUAUGUGACACCUCUGUAUACUUACAAAGAAGUACUUUUCGUCUUUAGCUCUUGUCUUGAACGUUUUUCAUUUGACUUACCAGCAAAAAGUGACUAUGCGCAAGCAUUUCUAGUGACAUCUAUAGUAGAACAUUUUGCUACAGUGGAUCACAAACCAUCUUAUAACUUUAAGCUUUUUGCAGUUUGAGACAGUUAAUAGCCUUCGUCGUUAUGACCUGUGAGUUCCACUCUCCUGGCUGAAGAUACUUUUCUAGUAAAAAUAUGCAUCACCUAAACACCCUUUAUUGAUCUUAAUUUUUAAGUAGAAACAUAUUCUUAAGAAAGUUGCUUAUAUACCUACUUUGCUGGUAGUAGUUCAUUUGUGAUAAACUAGUCUUUUUCUUUUGAAGAUUCAUUUGCUAGAGAUUACUGUGUGCCCAAGAGAAAGUGUUGCCAUAUGAUGUUCUAUAUUUCCAGGAGGUCCUCCCUGUUCCUUUACAGUGAAGAAUUUCAAGACACGUUGUUUUAUCCCUUUGGGUUUUUAGACAUCUGCCAUGGCAUGUUUUAAAACUAACUCCACAGCUCUUAGUUUGGCAAACGCUGGGUUAUGAAGAGGGAGGCCGGGAAUAAAUCUGCAUUUCCUAGGGAAGAUCCACAUUGGGUCUUUCAACCCUGGUGUCUCCACAAAGAGCUUGAAGAUCUGCAGAAAUCCAAGUUGUGGUCACAUGCAGUCAAUUCUCUAUGUUAAACAUCAAGACUUACCUGCCCUGCUAUGGGCCUUUUACAUAGUAAAUGUGUCACAGUUCCUUCCAUAAUGUCAACAUUAAGGCCACAGUCUAGCUUUUGACAAGGCUCUCACAUUCGUUGGUACAGAAUGCCCUCGUGAAAGGUGAAAACAUGAAGUAAAGGUGGACUUAGUUGUACUGGGCCUCAUGGAAAGAGCUCUUGUCCAGAAAUGGAGAUCUCACGCCUUAUCCUCUGCUAAGUGGGCUUAAGUCAUUUGUUUACUCUCUCUGUGCUUCCUUCUCCUGCUGGCUGCUUGCCAUGCAGGGUUGUCCCUGUGUGGACAAAAUGAGAUAAUUGAAUUGAAAGGAGGUAAGAACAUGAAGCUAUACAGAAAUGGUAAUAAGAGAAUAAUGUGCCUUAUUCCUAAAUGGACGUUACAUCAGCCCAGAAGGUGACUGAAGUGGUGUUUCUAACUGGACUCCUGGCCCCUUUGGAGGGAAUUUUUAUCUUUGACUUAUGUGCCCGCCUUCACCCCUUCAGACUGUCUGUAAGUCAGCAGUCUCCUAAAUACCUCCCAGUCCCAGUACAUACAAAAUAUGUGAUCAGUACCGCUAGACGGCCCAACGGGCUAGGUCACGGACUCACCCUAGCAUAUCCCCCCAUCACCGACACAGCUUCUCAGAAGGGAUAUGUGGCUUCUUUCCCCCCAGAUAAUUGACAAAAUGCAGAGUAAUCCCUUUGCAGGGUCUGCUGUUCCAUUUGGCCUUCCAUUUGGUCCAAAUGGACCCCAUUGUUUUUUAAAAAAUGGAUUGACAUGUCAAGGUGACAUUUGACAUCACUUCACUGCUCUAACAUUGCAGAAAGUAAAGUUAUCUGAUGAGCCCGUAGAAGCAAAAGAAGAUUACACUAAGUUUAACAGGAAAGAUUUGAAGACUGAAAAG